AUGCGAUUUCUAAAACGGCUAGCUGGCCACAGACUGUACCAUCCCAACGCUUUGGAACACGAAGCCAAACACGCUUUCGCCCCAUUGGCUUACGGACCCAACUCUCUCCAGUAUAAAGUUUUGAACCACACGCUGGAAAAGCAUGUGCCGUCGUACGGGUUCAACGAAAGGGCGCUCGUGGCGUCUCUAAAUGACCUGGGACUAGGAUCCUCAGUGUUGUCUGCCAUUGGAGCAGACAAUUCGCCAUCUUUUUUGAACGUUCCGCCCUCGGUGCUCGAGUUAGCCAAAUUUCAUCUCGUCACCAAAAGAUAUGCCAUCACGAAAGAGCUAAACUCUGCCACAGCCUCUCUCGAGGCAACACAAAGCCCAACGAGUCUAGGAACGCUGUUCCAACGCCGUUUGGAACUCAACAAGCCCGUGGCAUCGCAUUUGUCCCAGCUUCUGGCCAUUCUGUCGAUGCCAGGCGAGUUUCUCGUGAAAAGUGCUCUUCCAGAACUGCAUCGCCUUUCCGACGAUAUGAUAUACUUUUCGAGCGAGGCAGAUUCGCACGAUUUUGCAUGGUACUCCAAACGCGUUGCCAUUUCGUGCGCGUUUGUGAGCUCGGAGCUGUUCAUGGCCCAGGACAAGUCGCCUAACUUCGCACAAACGUUCGAAUUCGCAGCCGAAAAGCUUCAUCACGUGACAAAACUGGGCCAAUACUACACCAACACGGAAGAGUACAUGUGGUACACGCUACUGAUGAGCAUCAAUCUAGCCAAGUCCCAGCUCACACGCAGCUAG